AUGUAUUUGUCCGAGAAGCUGGCUGAUCUGGCAUCAACGUGGAAAUCACGCGGGGAUCUCACCACACGCGCCCAGAAUAUGCUGCGCAUAGACAACGACAUCAAGAGCCUGCAGAACUUUGCGACGCGCGCAUACACUAACGAGCUUGGGUUGCAGAAAACGGUGCUGAGAGAUUUGCUAGGAGGCGAUCAAAGUCUCAUGCAGCAGGAUGAACUGGACAGUUGCGUGGACUCGGCACUAGCGCGGGUCAGAUCCAUGGCGGUGACAUGGGAAUCGAUUCUGGCGCGGUCGGUGUGGUAUCAGGCGGUGGGGUCGCUCUUGGAUGGGCUCUCGUCCAAGAUUAUCGGGGAUGUCAUGGACGCUUCGUCCAUCGGGCAGGACGACGCGUACGGGAUCGCGAAGCUCAUUGCCAAGGUCGCGGAGCUCGACGACCUCUUUCUGCCGUCGCGAACGACGGGCGUGGCGGGGGCAGCGGCAGCAGAUGAAAUACCGACAACGGCGCAGUACGCGGCCACGUGGCUCCGUCUCAAGUACCUGAGCGAGGUGCUUCAGUCCAACCUCAAUGAGGUCAAGUACCUCUGGUGCGACAGCGAGCUCAGCCUGUACUUUUCGGCGGACGAGGUCGUGGACCUCGUUGAGGCUAGCUUCGACGCUAACCCGCGGAUGAGGGAGACCAUCCGGGCGAUUCGGGAGACCCCAAGCCCCGUGCACGGCUAA